UCUAUACAAAUUAGAAACCAUUCCGGUCGCGUUUCUUGGCCGGGCAAGAUGUUGAGUGCCGUGUCGAAAGCUGCCGCUGGUGCCCUUAGGGCCGUCAAACCCACCCUUCUUCAAAAUGAAGUUGCUAAAAUUUCAGGAGCAUUGUCAGUGAACAGCAGGGAUUAUGCUAAAGCUGCUGCAAGUAAGGCUGGAGCACAAGGAAAAAUUGUUGCUGUCAUUGGUGCAGUUGUUGAUGUACAAUUUGAUGAUGCUCUGCCACCAAUUCUUAAUGCCUUGGAAGUUCAGAACCGCUCUCCCAGGCUGGUGCUUGAAGUAGCUCAGCAUUUGGGAGAGAAUACAGUGCGCACCAUUGCUAUGGAUGGUACUGAGGGUUUGGUUCGUGGCCAGACUGUUUUGGAUUCCGGAUAUCCUAUUCGUAUUCCUGUUGGUGCUGAAACUUUGGGCCGCAUUAUUAAUGUCAUCGGUGAACCAAUUGAUGAACGUGGUCCCAUUCCCACUGAUAAGCUUGCCCCCAUUCACGCAGAUGCUCCUGAAUUCGUAGAAAUGUCUGUAGAACAGGAGAUUCUGGUAACUGGAAUUAAAGUUGUUGAUCUCCUUGCUCCUUAUGCCAAAGGAGGAAAAAUUGGUCUGUUUGGCGGCGCCGGUGUCGGUAAAACUGUAUUGAUUAUGGAACUGAUCAAUAAUGUAGCCAAAGCUCAUGGUGGUUAUUCUGUAUUUGCUGGUGUGGGUGAGAGAACACGUGAAGGCAAUGAUUUGUAUCAUGAAAUGAUUGAAUCUGGCGUAAUUUCAUUGAAAGACAAGACUUCCAAGGUAGCUUUGGUAUACGGACAAAUGAACGAACCGCCGGGCGCUCGUGCUCGUGUUGCCUUAACUGGUUUAACCGUUGCUGAAUACUUCCGUGAUCAAGAGGGACAAGAUGUGUUGCUGUUUAUUGAUAACAUUUUCAGGUUUACACAAGCUGGUUCGGAAGUGUCGGCUUUGUUGGGUCGUAUUCCAUCGGCUGUAGGUUAUCAGCCAACUUUGGCAACUGAUAUGGGUAGUAUGCAGGAACGUAUUACGACAACGAAAAAGGGAUCCAUCACCUCCGUGCAGGCCAUUUAUGUACCUGCCGAUGAUUUGACAGAUCCCGCUCCCGCUACCACCUUCGCUCACUUGGACGCUACUACCGUAUUGUCUCGAGCUAUUGCCGAACUUGGUAUCUAUCCCGCUGUCGACCCGCUCGACUCUACUUCUCGUAUCAUGGACCCUAAUAUCAUCGGUGCUGAGCACUACAAUGUCGCUCGUGGUGUGCAGAAAAUUCUGCAAGAUUACAAGUCACUACAAGAUAUUAUUGCCAUCUUAGGUAUGGACGAGUUGUCAGAAGAAGAUAAACUCACUGUAGCGCGUGCGCGUAAGAUUCAGAGAUUCUUGUCUCAACCAUUCCAGGUUGCUGAGGUGUUCACCGGUCAUGCCGGCAAAUUAGUCCCAUUACAAGAAACUAUUAAAGGAUUCCAAAAAAUCUUAGGUGGCGAAUAUGAUCAUUUGCCAGAAGUUGCAUUCUAUAUGGUCGGUCCAAUCGAAGAAGUAGUAGCAAAGGCAGAAUCAUUGGCCAAACAAUAAAUGAACUCGCGAUCAUCGUAAUCGUGUCAUAAAAAAUAAUUAAAACGAUCUUCUAAUCAUA